GCAGCUGACUCUCCAGCUUGCAGUGUAAUUAGCAAACCAAGCACUCAGUAGCUCCACUUGCUAUUCUUUCACUGCUGCUGGAGAUCCCCUUCCUGUAUGAAAUCCUUCACAGUUUAAAGAAGAACAAAGUUCUAUGGUCGGGAUAUAACUUAAGGGUCAACUGCAACCCGGAAAGAAAGGGGCAGUUUCUGGGUUACAGAGGUUAUGAAGGAAGAAUGGAGUUCCCAGACCAUAGCCGCCAGUUGCUGCAGUGUCUGAGUCAGCAGCGUCACCAGGGUUUCCUAUGUGAUUGCACAGUUCUAGUAGGUGAAAAGCAGUUCAGAGCCCACAGAGCUGUCCUUGCCUCUUGCAGUAUGUACUUCCAUCUUUUCUACAGGGACCAGCUAGACAAAAGGGAUACUGUGCAUUUGAACAGUGACAUCGUGACAGCGCCAGCCUUCAGCCUUCUCCUUGAAUUUAUGUAUGAAGGAAAGCUUGAAUUCCGCAGCCUACCCCUCGAAGAUGUGCUGGCUGCUGCAAGCUACCUUCACAUGUAUGACAUUGUAAAAGUCUGCAAGGGCAAGCUGAAAGAUAAAGAAUUAUUUUCGGAAGGAAAAAAUCAGGAGGAUGCUUUGAGUUCAGAAAAAGAAAACAGUUUUUCAGACUGUGAAGAGCUCCAGACUGACCCGUUUGACAAAGAUAUCAAACAAAAAAUAAGUGUCACAGAAUACGAAACAGUUUUACACAAAGAGAAGUUUAUUGCUUAUUCCGAUUGGUCUUUGGAUCCUGCAAGUGUAAAUUCAGUGCCUCCGGAGUCAGAGUUCAGCGUUAGAACAGCUGGAAAAACAAAACCCGAUGUCAGUAGUUCCACUGGACCUUUGUCCCAAAUGUCUGUUAAAUGUAGUCAGGCCCCAAGUGAUGUGGACUGUGCUCUGGAUUUGUCUUUCAAGUCUGUGUCUGGGAGAGAUUCCUUACACUCCUCCUAUGUCUCUGGACAGCUGGCUUCCGACAGCCAGCAGCAGGGUAGCGAGCCACUUGUUAAAGAUGAGCAAGAUUUGCUGUCAGAUCAAGAGAGUAUAGCAAUGAGCCCAGAAAGCCAGUGUUUCGGGAAUUCAGGCAAAAGUUUAGUGACAGGGUUAGGACCCAUAUUCCCUGGAAAUGGAAUUAUUCAUGCUAAAGAAGAAGAAUUGGAACAAGAAGGGGAGGAAAGUGAAGAUGAUAUAACUUCAUCUGACAUCUCACCUUCCAAUUUAAUGGUGCCUCAGGGACAUAUUUGUGUGUGUCCAUUGUGCAGUAAAGUGUUUCCAAAUCCACCCCUUCUGCAACUUCAUCUGAGCAGUCACUUUAGAGACAGAGAUGGUUCUAGGACUAAACUGUCACCAGAUGGUUCUAUCCCAACUUGCUCACUUUGCAGGAAGACCUUUUCUUGUAUGUACACAUUAAAGAGACAUGAGAGGACACACUCUGGUGAAAAGCCUUAUACCUGUGGCCAGUGUGGUAAAAGUUUCCAGUAUUCACAUAAUCUAAGCCGUCAUGCAGUGGUGCACACAAGGGAGAAACCACACGCAUGUAAAUGGUGUGAGAGAAGGUUUACACAGUCUGGUGAUCUAUAUAGGCACAUUCGCAAAUUCCACUGUGGCCUUCUGAAAACUCUGUCUAUUUAGAGAGAAGGACAGACAACGUCAAAUGCUCAUGGCAUGAAGACAUUUUACAAAAGUACAUAUAAAACUGUUUUGAUUCAGAAUAGAAAACUGAUUGCAAUCUGUUAUGAAAAAUCACAGAACUCUUUAUAUUGUGACUAGUGCCCUGUUCAUUGUUCAUAGCCCUGAGUUGUGUAAGUGUACAGGGUAACUUUGAUUUGUAGGGUGUUAUUCUUUGUUUGAACUUUUGCAACAAAUGAUUGCAGUAAUAGAUCUUAAACUAGUAUUACCUAUAAUACAUAUAAAACAUACAGCUGUUCUACAUGCUUUGCCUCAUGAUAUUUGAGAGGAUGUCAUUUGCCAUUAAAAACCUUUCCAAGUAAGGCUACAGAAUGUAGUCCUAAUUAUUGUAUGUUUUGCCUCUUCUUUCUAUUGAAUAUCACAUUCAUCUUGCUUUUCUCCCACUCCACGAUCAAGUUUGAGCAUUAUCUUCUCCAUAGCACUAAGCAGUGAGUGUAAAAUAUCUGACUUGCUUUACUUAAAAAGUCAAACAUGAAGCAAUACUGAAAUAUUAAUAUUCUGAAAGACAUAAGCUCUUAAAAUUAAUUGAAAAGGGAUUUAAUUAUAUGCUCAGAGGAGUGUUGCUAUGUUAGUUUAUUUAUUUAUUUAUUUUAACAAUGUGUGCCUGCAUCUCACAUCUGGAUUACACUGGUUUAUUCUGCUGCAAGCUAUAUAGUUUCAUUUACUGUGAAAACAUUACACUCUGGAAAGAGUGUGCAUGUAUUGUAAUCAACAGUCCACUUUUAAACUAUUUUACAGUUGGCAAAUAUGUAAAAAGAGUGCAUUGGCUGUUGUUUAAACUGGCAUUCAUAUUCAAGAAAUGUGUACUACUGUUUCCAGUUUUACUGUAAGCCUGAGCCUUUAAUUUGAACUCCUGCAAGUCCUCAUUUAAAAGCAUUUGAAUAAUUUCAAGCAGUAUGUUUAAUAGAUGUUUCAUUUGCUGUGACUUGGAAAAGCACUGAGAAUAAAUAUACUGAAUUGUAAGUUAUAUUUUCCUGAUAAACUUGAUGUGUUAUUUAUUAGUUUUUUUUCUUUUAGUUGGGUGGCAGGAAAUAGUUAAGGUUAUUUUAAUUGUUAAUGUACAUGGCUUUAAAGCCAAAUAAAAUAAUUGAGUACUUUCAUGAGAAUAACAGAAAUAAAAUAUUAGCAUUUAUUGUUUUUUUAUAGUGACAGCAUGUGUAACUAUGUAUUUUUAUAAUAUUCUUGUAAACAGCACUUUUACUGUUCAUAACAGAGCAGCUUAACAAUAUUGUAAAUCUGGAAGAUAAGUUAACAUGCGUUUUGUAGAAAAUAUUUAAAAAUGUGACUUCACUUUAUUUUUUUUCUGUGACUGAUGCUAUCAACUGUGGCUGUAAGAGAAAUUCUAAGGGCUUUGCUUGUUAAUAAUGUAAAAUUAAGUUCAAAUACUGCUGUAUAAACAAAGUGUGACCGAACAGAUGAUCAAUGAACUUUAUUUUCCCUUAAUUGUUUUAGUUUAAAGUAAAAGCUAAAUAAAUACUGGAAGUAAUUCAGCACUUAGGUGACAGUUUUACUAAAGACCCCAUCAUUACUUCUUAAGAAGGGUAUAAUCUUAAUUUAGAAUUUGUGUGUUAGUGUAUGUUCAUCAUUAUAAAAUGUGAUGUAUACUAAGGUUUGUUGUUCUCUUUCUCAGACCUUAUAUAAUUAAGUUAUAUUUGGCUGGAAAUAAAUCUCUACAAAUGGACACAUAAUGAAAAUGCAUUCUUUCUGUAAUUAGUUAACCUAAUGUGGGAUAUAUUAAAGUUACAAAUUACAUUCUUUUCUUGCAGAAUAGGGGAUGUUCAUACUUAAUACAUGCAUUUUCGUUCAGGUCACUAAAUCUCCUUGGGAAUUUUUUAUAAACUGUGUGGACAGGCCUUUAGACUGGCAUAUAAUUUUAUACUGAAAUCUACUACUGUUGAUUACAAAUAUUUUCUUGUAUUUGGUAUUGUUUAGUAUAGAGAAGACAAUCUGCAUAUUGAUGGGUGACUGAUUUUUUAAACACUUACUACAUAGUUUUUUGUUGUGGAGUUUUGUUUAAAGAUAUAUAAAUGUGUUGUAAACUGUGACAAUCUUGGUUAGCUGUAUUGUUACUGUUAUAGAUUCUUUUUGUUCAAAAUAAAACAAAUAACAGUUUUAAUGGAGUUUAUUACCCAUUUAGAAAAAUGAGUCUUGUGUUUUCAACUGUUUCCCUGUAAGUGGUUAAGGACACAUUUAAAUUGUUAUAUGUUUGAGAAAGGUACAAAUUAUGUUGUGUCUGUCUUUAGUAGGCAGCUUUCUUUGGAAAACCAAGCAAAAAGAGAGAGUAGGUGUCACUGAAAUGUGUGGAGAGGCAUUUGCAAUUUAAAUGCAGUCAAGAUUUUAGAACUUAAGAAACUUUUUCAUUUAAAUAGCUUUUUCUACUUUUUAUGCAGUUGUAAUGUAUGUAUGCAUGAGAAACAAGGCAACUUAGUGUAUAUAAGGAAAAUUCGUAUUGCAGUUCUUCCUGACUGUUAUAAAGAUUUGUUCUGAUAUGGUAAUUGAUAUAUUAGCACAUAUUGCCAUAUUUCUUCGUUACUGAAUUAGACAUUUAUGACUAAUGUUAAUUGUUUACAGUUAAAGCCUGUGCAACAAAGUGUCUCUCACACAUACACACUAAAUGCAUAAAGUCAGGAGACCACCUUGUCAGACACCUUUAGUUUGCUGGUGGUAAUGUCAAGCCUAGAAAAGUGUUUAUCUGAACAUACGUAGUCAGGUUGAUUUUAACUUUAUCAUUUACUGAGAAAUGCACAGUGGUACAAUUUUAACACAUAAGUUAAAUGUAUGAUGAUUACUAACAAAUGCAUACCAGUACUGUUUUAACACAAAUCAAAUGUGUGAUAUUGCACAGGUGCAGCUUAUGCAAGGAUGCAAAAGAGCAGUAAUAAUGAUAAUAAAAUGAGCGUGAUUUGUAGUAGAAUGAAACACAUAUUAUCGUUUGCUUUAAUUUUCCACUGUUA